GUCCAUGAGAACCACUGAGAGAUUUGAGAGUGGUUUGACCAAUGUCAAAUGAAAAAAAGCAUCGUCGUCACAAACAAAUUCCUGCAAAAUCUAAGGUUUGUUCCAACUGUCAAAGCCCGAAAUCAUGACCAAUUGUGAAAACGCUGAGGGAUUUGUCUGCAUCAGCUGCGUAGACGAGGUACGGUUAUCUUUCGCGAGCCACCUCUCCGAAGCUCUCCGCCGUAAAGGCAUAAAUAAUGUAGUCAUAGAUGUAGAUAGCGAUGAUCUUUGCAAGGAGUCGCAGGAAAAGGUAGAGAAAUCUAGGGUCUCUGUGAUGGUUUUACCCGGAAACUGUGAUUACUCCGAGGUAUGGCUUGACAAGUUCGCGAAGGUUCUCCGGAAGAACAAGGAGCAGGUGGUGGUUCCAGUGUUGUACGGUGACAAUCAAUUACGAGGCGAAUGGCUUAGCGCGCUGGAUCUGAGAGGCGUAUCACCAAUUCACAAAUCCAGGAAGGAAUGUAGUGACUCUACACUAGUAGAAGAGAUUGUGAGAGAUGUGUACGAGAAGCUCUUUUCAAUGGAACGAAUUGGAAUCUAUCCGAAGCUUCUGGAGAUUGAAAAAAUGGUUAACAAGCAACCGUUUGGCAUCCGCUGUGUUGGUAUUUGGGGUAUGCCUGGCAUAGGCAAGACGACACUUGCUAAAGCAGUCUUUCACCAAAUGUUUGGCGCCUUUGAUGCUUCUUGUUUUAUCGAAGACUCUGACAAAUCUGUUCAUGAGAAGGGUCUUUAUUGUUUGUUGGAGGAACAACUUUUGAAAGAUAAGCGGACCGUUAUGGAACUGAGCUCGCUUAGAGACAGAUUGAACAAUAAGAGAGUUCUUGUUGUUCUCGAUGACGUGCACAAUGCUCUCGUUGCAGAGUCUUUUCUCGAGGAUUUUGACUGGCUAGGACCUGAAAGCCUGAUUAUCAUAACCUCUAGAGAUAAACAGGUGUUUCACCUUUGCCGAAUCAAUCAAAUAUACGAGGUUCAGGGUUUAAAUGAGAGAGAGGCUCUACAACUCUUCUUGAUGUGCGCUUCGUUAAAGGAUAUGGGAGAGGAGAAGAAUCUCCACGAGCUGUUUGUGAAAGUAAUUAAUUAUGCUAAUGGAAACCCGUUAGCUAUCAGUGUUUAUGGAAGAGAGCUGAAAGGUAAGAAAAAACUCUCAGAAAUGGAGACUGCAUUCCUCAAACUCAAGCGUCGUCCUCCAUUUAAGAUUGUCGAUGCCUUUAAAAGCAGCUACGACACACUCAGUGACGACGAAAAGAACAUUUUUCUGGACAUAGCUUGUUUCUUCCAGGGAGAAAAUGUCAACUACGUGAUACAACUGCUUGAGGGUUGUGGUUUCUUUCCACAUGUUGGAAUUGAUGUUCUUGUUGAGAAGUGUUUGGUGACUAUAUCAGAAAACCGAGUGCGGUUGCAUAAUCUGACCCAAGAUAUUGGCCGAGAAAUAAUAAAUGGAGAAACAGUACAGAUCGAGAGGCGCACAAGACUGUGGGAACCUUGGAGCAUCAAAUAUUUAUUAGAAUAUAAUGAACAGAAAGGAAUUGGAGAACCUAAAGCAACCUUCAAACGUGCUCAGGGCUCUGAAGAGAUCGAAGGCAUGUUUCUGGACACAUCAAACUUAAGAUUUCAUGUGCAGCCCUCUGCCUUUAAGAAUAUGUUGAACCUUAGAUUACUCAAGAUUUACUGUUCCAAUCCUGAAGUCCAUCCUGUAAUUAAUUUCCCCAAAGGCUUCUUCCUUUCUCUUCCUAAUGAGCUAAGACUCCUCCAUUGGGAGAACUAUCCUCUGCGAUCUUUGCCUCAAAGUUUUGAUCCUAGGCACCUUGUCGAAAUCAACAUGCCGUACAGUCAACUUGAGAAACUUUGGGGUGGAACCAAGAACCUGGAGAUGUUGAAGACGAUCAGGCUUUGCCAUUCCCAAAACCUAGUUAAUAUCGAUGAUCUCGUAAAAGCUCAAAAUCUUGAGGUAAUUGAUAUCCAAGGUUGUACAAGACUGCAGAGUUUCCCAGCCGCAGGUCAAUUGCUGCAUCUAGGAGUUGUAAAUCUCUCAGGUUGCAUACACAUUAAAAAUGUCCUAGAGAUUCCACCAAAUAUUGAGACACUAAACCUAGAGGGAACUGGCAUAUUAGCAUUACCGCUUUCCACAGUUAAGCCAAACCACAGAGAGCUUGUGAAUUUUCUAACAGAAAUUCCGGAUCUUUCAGAGGCCUCGAAACUUGAGCGUUUAACAAGUCUGCUGGAAUCUAGAUCGUCUUCUCAAGAUCUUGGGAAGCUUAUUUGCUUGGAGCUGAAAGAUUGUUCUUGUUUGCAGAGUUUGCCAAACAUGGCUAAUUUAGAUCUUCUCAAUGUUCUUGAUCUCUCUGGUUGCUCAAUGCUCAAUUCCAUUCAGGGUUUCCCUCGGUUUCUGAAAGAGUUAUAUCUUGCUGGCACUGCAAUUAGAGAAGUGCCACAACUUCCUCAAAGUCUAGAACUCUUUAAAGCACAUGGAUCUUGUUUGCGAAGUUUGCCAAACAUGGCUAGUUUAGAAUUUCUCAAAGUUCUUGAUGUCUCUGGUUGCUCAGAGCUGGAGACUAUUCAUGGUUUUCCUCGGAACUUGAAAGAGUUAGAUUUUGCUGGCACUACGUUAAGAGAAGUGCCACAACUUCCUUUAAGCCUAGAGCUCUUGAAUGCACAUAGUUCUGAUAAGUUUCCUAUGCAUUACACAUUCAGCAAUUUUUUUGAUCUAUCUCCACAAGUGGUCAAUGAUUUUUUGGUGAAAGCGCUGACUAAUGUAAAACACAUACCAAGAGAGUAUACACAGGAUAUCAACAAAGCUCCGACUUUCAGCUUCAGUGCGCCCUCACAUACAAAUCAAAAUGCCACACUUGGUCUGCAACUAGGAUCUUCUGUAAUGACACGACUAAAUCCUUCUUGGAGAAACACGCUUGUGGGCUUUGGUAUGCUGGUGGAAGUUGCAUUUUCGGAGGACUACUGUGAUGCUACAGGUUUUGGCAUAAGUUGUGUUUGCAGAUGGAGCAACAAAGAAGGCCGCUCUUAUAGGAAAGAACGAAAUUAUCACUGUUGGCCACCAGGGAAAGUUGUUCCAAAAGUUCGAAAGGAUCAUACGUUUGUCUUUUGUGAUGUCAACAUGCGCCCAAGUACCGGUGAAAGAAGUGACCCUGAUAUCUGGGCUGACUUAGUUGUAUUUGAGUUUUUUCCUAUCAAUCAGCAGACAAAGAGUCUAAACGACAGGUUCACAGUGACAAGAUGUGGAGUCCGUGUAAUAAAUUUUACAAGUGGCAAUACAAGUCUGAAGAAUAUAUCACCAGUUUUGUCCUUGGAUCCGAUGGAGGUUUCUGGUUAUGGAGUAGUUGAAGAAGCAUUGAGAGUCAGUUAUGAUGAUUUACAGGAGGUGGAUAAAGUUCUAUUUCUUUACAUAGCGUGUUUGUUCAAUGACGAGGAUGUUGAUUUGGUGGCAUCACUUAUUGCCGGCAUCGACUUGGAUGUUAUCUCUGGGCUCAAGGUCUUAGCCGAUGUGUCUCUCAUAAGUGUAUCAUCCAAUGGGGAAAUAGUGAUGCCUUGGUUGCUACUAAAAAUGGGUAAAGAAACCCUCCGUAGACACUUCAUGCUGCUGUCUGAUUGUGAGAGUUCCAUGAGCGAAAAUUUGUCUGACGUAUCAAAAAAACGCAGGAAAAGCAACGCAAAGAAAGUGGUUUGCGUACAGGCUACAAACUUAGAAGAUGAAUGGAGUUGGCGAAAGUACGGUCAAAAAGAAAUUUUGGGUUCUCGGUUUCCAAGGAUUUACUUCAGGUGCACUCACAAGUACACGCAAGGUUGUUUAGCUACGAAACAAGUCGAACGUAGCAGCACAGAUCCAGACAUGUUCAUUAUUACUUACGUCUCUGAGCAUAACUGUAACGCCUCUGAACCGCCGUAUGGCCAGACGGACCACGACUGGGACGCUACUAUGGGAACGUCUACCAACGAUCCGGCCGGGUGCAAGAACGGAUCAGGAUCCAUUAGCCAGUUCAUCGGUGAGGUUCCGGACCACACGGCACGUCGUUAAGGCUUUGCAACCCUUGUGACACACCGUGCGUUGAGCCGAUUCGGACAAAGUCUAUAUCAGUACCACUCGCCCGUUUUAAAAAAAACCUGAAUAUUUUGAUUUACUUAGAAAGAGUUUAUUACAAAACAUUUUAACAAAAGGAUUGUAGAGUUUUGGAUAAGGCCUAGUGCCAAAAUAAAACAUACUUGUAUUUUACAAUAGACACAAAAUAAAACUA